AUGUCCAACGCCAAUACCUCCUGGGCUCGUCUUCCCCCCGAACUUCGGAAUGAGGUGCUUAGCAUUCUGUCGGGCCUCCACGGCGCUAAGUACAGCCAGCUUGCUACCAUUUCGCGAGAAUGGCAUUCCUUCUUCGAAACGUUGAUUUUUGCCGAGAUCAGCCUAACGCCAUCGCGCCUGUUCGAUCCUAACUCUACUGCUAUUCUCUUCCGCAAGAGAAGUCUCAUCCGUUACGUAUGGUUUCGCGUGGAACUGGAGAGUUACCAUUGUUACAAGUGCCCACUAGAUGUCGAUGAAAAUGGCAACGACGAGGACAAGGACGAGGACAGCUUGGCCACGGCCCUCAGCAUGUGGGAGCCGCGUAGCCACUUGGUUCUCGACAUCAGUGUAUACUCGCCAAGCGAUGCGCUCCAUGGCUUCAAGUAUCUCAGCUUCCGCCCAGACACCCACCUUGGCGAGUGCUCGUCGCUGUUACAGCGCAGCAGCGGACAUGACCAGCGAGAAAUCACGACCAUCCACGACCCGCUUCACUGCUGGGUCGCUGGGCAGCAAACGGAGGCUCCCCACGAGCGCUCUAUCUACGACUCCUUCGACGAGAUCAUGAGCCAGGCAUCAUUUCUAGACGAGGAACAGGAGAUGCGCUGGUGGCGGUCGCUGCCCCUCAUGCCUGCGGUCACGGCCGUGCUCCUCCGCCAGCAAACCCGUCUUACCCAGCAAUUCAUUGACUCGCUUCACAAGACGAAACUAUCGAAGCUGACAAUUUUCGAAAACUUCUAUGAGGCGUACACGCAAAGCUUUCCCUCUUGUCCCGCUAUCAGGGUGCCAAGUCCUGUUGUAAGCCAUAAACUCGCGAGAGCUAGUGUGCACCUCACGGAGCUUUCAGCCUCAUUCAAGGUCAAUGCUAGCUGCUUCUUCUGGGCGAGCAAGAGGUUUUCAUUGGAGUGGAGAAACCUCACACGUCUAGCUUUGACAGCGAGGGCACUCACCGGAGAUGCGGACUUCGAAGGCAUCAGCAGCAUGCUACGAAACGCCGCAGGUGCUGCGCCGAAGAUGCCGAAGCUUGAGACGAUGGAACUUUGGAAUGGCAGGCAAGGCGUGGCGAUGCUGUUCCGCUACCAGAAAGCUCGGGACGGGCGAUUGGCAGCCAUCAGCGUUCGGGGGACGUUCGAGCUUGCUCUGGGGUCUGCGGUUACCGAAGCUUGGGAAGCGGUCGCCCUCCGGCAUCGUCACGGCAGGGUUGUUGUACAGAGCUCAUUGAUCAACCCAGAUGUUAUCCGGUUCCAUGGUGAUGCGAUACGCCAGCUGGGACUCUCUGUGAAGGUUAUCAGACCUGUCUCGCUGCAGCAGAUCAUUGAAGAGCAUCAGAUUCGGGAAGGGCUGACGACGAUUUGA